GGUAAAAAUGUUCCAAAUAUAUUUGUUCUCCUUUCAGGGUGGACAUAGAACUUGGCGUUAUCACCUGCAUGUAACCUGCUGUCCUCUGACUACAAGGCAGAAAUUAGGUUAAUUAAUUAAUUUUAAAAGGACGGGAUCGGCACUGAUGCUGAUAGAAACGGGAAAAGUAAAUGUCACGGGGAGCAAAGCUGUAGGAACGCCGGCGUUUCUCGAUACAGCUGGCAGCAAUUUCCUGCCAGGAGCCCGGCCCUGCCCUCGCUCCCCGCCCCGCAGCGCUGGGAGCGGCACGGGAGGGGCACGGCGGGACAGCGGGACACGGCGACAGCGGGACAGCGGGACACCGGGACAGCGGGACACAGGGACAGCGAGACACCGGGACAGCGGGACACAGGGACAGCGAGACACCGGGACAGCGGGACACCGGUACAGCGAGACACCGGGACAGCGGGACACAGGGACAGCGAGGCACCGGGACAGCGGGACACAGGGACAGCGGGACACAGGGACAGCGAGACACCGGGACAGCGGGACACGGGGACAGCGAGACACCGGGACAGCGGGACACCGGUACAGCGAGACACCGGGACAGCGGGACACAGGGACAGCGAGACACCGGGACAGCGGGACACCGGGACAGAGGGACACAGGGACAGCGAGACACCGGGACAGCGGGACACCGGGACAGCGGGACACCGGGACAGCGGGACAGCGGGACACAGGCACAGCGGGACACAGGGACACCGGGACACGGGACAGAACAUCUACAAGCAGAUCUACAACAAUGCAAGGACCUCCACCUGCCACAGCACCUGGAAUGCCCUAUGGCUCCCCUGAGCAGGUCCCUGGGGCUUACCAAGGUGCAGGGAACUAUGGAUUCCAGGCACAGCCCAUGGGGUUCCAGGCACAGCCCAUGGGGUUCCAGGCACAGCCCAUGGGAUACCAAGGUGGAUUUGUCGUUCCACCUGUCCAGAACCAGCCCACCACGGACGGGACAAUCUGGAUGCCUAUCCCUCCGUCUAUUCCCAACUGCCCUCCUGGACUGGAGUACCUCACACAGAUUGACCAGGUAUUAAUCCAUCAGCAACUUGAACUUCUUGAGAUUGUGACUGGCUUUGAAACAAGCAACAAAUACGAACUCAAGAAUGCACUGGGACAAAGGGUGUACUUUGCAGCAGAGGAGACUGACUGCCUUACCAGGAAUUUCCUUGGGCCAUCACGGCCCUUCACCAUCAGGAUUGUUGACAACCUGGGCCGCGAGGUGAUAACGCUGCAGAGACCCCUGCGAUGUUCCUCGUGCUGCUGCCCCUGCUGCUUGCAGGAGCUGGAAGUCCAGGCGCCUCCAGGAACCACAGUUGGCUAUGUUGUCCAGAACUGGCAUGCCUGCCUGCCAAAGUUUACCAUUCAAGACGAGAAAAGAAUGGAUAUACUGAAAAUUAUUGGCCCAUGCAUUGUGUGCCGGUGUUGUGAGGACAUUAAUUUUGAGGUGAAGUCUGUGGAUGAGACUUGUGAUGUUGGGAGGAUUUCUAAGCAGUGGACUGGUUUUGUGCGGGAAGCAUUUACAGAUUCAGAUAACUUUGGAAUCUCAUUCCCAAUGGACCUUGAUGUGAAAAUGAAGGCUGUCAUGAUCGGUGCUUGCUUCCUUAUCGACUUCAUGUUUUUUGAGCAUAGUGGUAACAGGCGUCAGAGAGCAGGAGUUUGGUAAUGAAAUCCGGAUGUUCUGUAUGGAAGGAAGAAGAACAUGGAUCUCCCAACUUUUCAGUGAAUUGCAGAGCUUCAGCAAGAAUAUGAGAAAUGUACAUGUUAUAGUUACAUUUCUAUAAGCUAAAAGCUUUAUGGUCUUUUUUAUUAUUUUUUUAAUCUGGUGAAAUAAUUUGUAGUAUUCAAACAAGGACUCUUUAUCUGUACAGAUCAAUAACAUGAUUUAGAGAAAUCUAUAGCAACCUUUUUCUUUUUCCAAAAACUGUCAUUUAAAAGUAACUGAGUAUAGUAGUUAUUUAUUACUACUAUAACAAUACAUCUAUUCCUAAAAAAGAGGACUAUUUCUAUAUUAAAUAUUAAUAACAACCUAAUCAGGAGACACUGAUGUUUUCCUGGAUGUUCUUCUGUGGUAGUUUUGCCUUGGUGUUCACAUUCUGUUGUUUCCAUCUUCCUAUCAAAUAUGUCAAAUAUAUCAAAUAUGUCAAAUACAUCAAAUAUGUCAAAUAUAUCAAAUAUAUCUGUUCAGAGCAUUUGAACAGAACUAUCUGAAAUCGGUGUAAAAUGUUAUUGCUGUGAUGCACUGUCUCUGUCUGAGCUGGAGCUGCUUUCCCCAGCAGCCCUCCCAGGGCUGUGCUUUGCCCUGGGGGCUGGAAGGGUGCUGAUAGCUCAGCAGAGCUGCCCCAGCUGCAGAGCUGCUCUCCAGCAUCCCCACCUGCCUGGGCAAGGUCCUGGAAGGGUGCUGAUAGCUCAGCAGAGCUGCCCCAGCUGCAGAGCUGCUCUCCAGCAUCCCCACCUGCCUGGGCAAGGUCCUGGAAGGGUGCUGAUAGCUCAGCAGAGCUGCCCCAGCUGCAGAGCUGCUCUCCAGCAUCCCCACCUGCCUGGGCAAGGUCCUGGGAGGGGACCCCACCAGGGCAGCUGACACAGACUGACCAAAGGGACAUUCCACACCGUGUGACAUCUGCUUGGAUAUAAAAGGUGGGAAAAGGAGGAGGAAGGCGUUGCAUUCAUUUCUUACAGUGUUUGCGUUCCCCAGCAAUCACUUCCAUGCUGAAGCCCUGCUUCCCAGGAAGUGGCUGGGCACUGCCUGCUGAUGGGAAGUACACAAUAAAAUUUUUGGGUUUUUUACUCUUUGUUGGUGCACACACAAACUUUUGCUUUUGUUUUAGUAAAGUGCCUUAUCUUAACCUACAA